AACGGGGUCAGCAUGGCGGCCUCCUUGGUCGGGAAGAAGAUCGUGUUCGUCACGGGCAACGCCAAGAAGCUGGAGGAGGUCAUUCAAAUUCUAGGAGAUAAAUUUCCCUGUACCUUGGUGGCAAAGAAAAUUGAUCUGCCGGAAUACCAGGGGGAACCCGAUGAGAUUUCCAUCCAGAAAUGCAAGGAGGCAGCGCGCCAGGUGCAAGGGCCGGUCCUGGUGGAGGAUACCUGUCUCUGCUUCAACGCCCUGGGGGGGCUCCCUGGUCCCUACAUAAAGUGGUUUCUGGAGAAGUUAAAACCUGAAGGUCUCCACCAGCUGCUGGCUGGGUUCGAGGACAAGUCAGCCUAUGCCCUCUGCACCUUUGCCCUCAGUACCGGGGACCCCAGCCAGCCAGUGCUGCUGUUCAGGGGCAGGACACCGGGCCAGAUUGUGGAACCCCGCGGCUGCCGCGACUUUGGCUGGGACCCCUGCUUUCAGCCUGAUGGAUACCUGCAGACGUACGCAGAGAUGCCCAAGGCAGAGAAGAACAGCAUCUCCCACCGCUUCCGGGCGCUUAACGAGCUGCAGGAGUACUUCUGCCACCUGACUGCCUCUGGGGACAGCGAUGCUCAGGCUGGACGGGAAUGUGGGGAAGGCUAGACUGGACACUUUCACCCUCUGACAAGAAGCGGAGAGCGGAGAUCGCCUCCCUGCUCUUAGGAGGAGGAGGAGCAGCUGUCCCUGUUUGGACAAGGGACAUCAUUCUCUUGCCCUGCAACCCCUGACUUGCCACCCAUGAGGAGCCUGUGCCAUGAAGCUGGCCCUGGCAGGAUUCUGCGUUUGAGGAAGCAGCACAUGGACCUCGUGUUUGAAAUGCCACAAAUAAAAAAAUCCAAAUGGCACUUCAAGAAUCA